AUGUCAUCAGGACCAGCUUCCGGAUCAUCAAUGGAUACUAGUGGACCUGGCUCACCGCCUCCAAGAGCUGGAGGGAACAGCGUAUCAUUUAGGGACCUAUGUUGUUUGUUCUGCUGCCCACCAUUCCCAUCGGCAAUCGUUUCGAAGCUUGCUUUCAUGCCACCUGAAUCGAGCUACACAAUUUCGGAAAAUAACAAAUUGCAACUCAUUGAGGGAAAAGCUGGCUGGCCGCAUGAUCCAUCAUAUUUAACGAAUUGUGUGGAUAUGUGUGUGGUUAGGACGAGAAGGCGCAACAAAAUUUGCUGCUCAAUGAUCCGACCAACGCCGAAUGCCCAUUUCACAUUGUUGUUCUCUCAUGGCAACGCUGUUGAUCUCGGCCAAAUGGCAUCAUUUUUGUAUGGUUUGGGAUAUCAUCUCGGCUGCAAUGUAUUUAGCUACGAUUAUUCUGGAUAUGGAUGCUCCAGCGGCAAACCGUCCGAGAAGAACCUCUAUGCGGAUAUCUUGGCGGCGUACGAAACGCUGAAAAAGGAUUUCAAUGUCCCUGCUGAACGUAUCAUCCUUUAUGGGCAAUCAAUUGGAACAGUGCCAAGUGUUGAUCUGGCUAGUAAAGAGCAAGUCGCGGCUCUAAUUCUCCACUCGCCGCUUAUGAGCGGAAUGCGUGUUGCAUUCCCAGGAACACAAACGACAUGGUGUUGCGACGCGUUCCCAUCGAUUGAGAAAGUUCCGCGUGUGAAAUGCCCGACAUUGGUGAUACACGGAACCGACGAUGAGGUUAUCGACUUUUCGCAUGGCGUAUCGAUUUAUGAGAGAUGCCCAACGUCGGUGGAGCCGCUGUGGGUUCCCGGAGCCGGUCACAAUGACGUCGAACUUCAUGCCGCUUACCUUGAGCGACUCCGAAGUUUUAUUGAGCACGAAGCGAAUGCGAUUCGCAUAGAUGCGCCGAUUCGCGAGGUCAAUUCCACGGACGGUUCCGCCUGA